GAAAAGCCAAGAGGCACAACAAAACCCACUAUCAGACUUUAUUAGGGAAGGAGGAACAGAAGAGAAUGUGCUUAGGCCUAGCACAGGAAUUACGUAGGACAUAAAGCCCUGGACUGUGCCUGUGCGGUCAUGUAGCUGGGGGAGUGGCCAGGAAUUCCAACAUACAGUGCUUUAAAAGGCAGUCACAAAGGCCAUAAUUUACAUCAUAGGUAGAUGAGGGUCAGAGUAGCUUGAAGCCACCAGCUGGGGAACAGGUGUUCAAAUGCUUGAUACUGUGAGGGGCAUUCUUAUUCAGAGUCUAACCUAAUGACCCUCUGGGCUCCACUGGGCUCUUGUCACAUGACCUUUUCAUCGCUAACAUUAUUGAUUCAAUCUUUUCUUUGUUUUAGUUUGGCUAGGGCUUUGUCAACCUCACUUAUUUUUUUUAGAUUAACAACUUUUGACUUUGCGAAUUGCUCUUUUACAACCUUUUAUCAGCUGCUCCCCUGAUCGUUAUUAUUUGCUCUCUACUACCUUUGGGUUUGGUUUGUUCUGUUUCUGAGACAUUGAGGCACAUCAUUUGUUGGUUACUUGAGAGCUCACUGCUUUUUUAGUGUAAGCACUAAAAGCUCUCAACUUUCUUUUGAAAAUGGUUCUGUUUAUAUCCCAAAGUUCUAGUAACUUGUUUUCAUUUCAUUCUAGAAAAUUAAAAACUUUCCUCUCUGCCAGCUGGUCAUUCUAGAGUGUACUGCUCAGUUUCCAAGUACCUUUAUGGCCUCUUUUGUUUUACCUGCUGUUGAUUUCUAGUUUUCUUCCAUUGCUCUCUGAAAAAGACAAGAGAUGAUUUGAUUCUUUAAAUCUCAGUUUGUGCCUGACAGUGCUAUUUUAGCAAAGGUUCCAUGGGCUGCUAAGAAUGUGUACUCUGUGUCUUUUGGAUAGUGUAUUUUGUGUACAGAGAUGAACCAUUAGAUGUGAGGUAUGGUUUAACUAUCAAGUUUCUUUGUUGAUUUUUUUAAAUUUCGAUGAUUUGUCUAAGCAGCACUAUAAGAAAGGACCCCCUGUGCCUUGUGGGUCUGCAUUCUCGUAGGCAUGCCUGCCAUGCUGUCUUUCCAUGGUGUUAAUUAUAUGAAUAAAUCUCUUACCCCAAAGGACAGUCUGCCUCAGGGUCCCCUGUGAACCUCAAACCCAAGCCUUUCAGUGUGAUCUUUUGGAGGAGUCAUGUUGCUUUUAUUUCUACUAUUUUCUGUGUUGUGAUUUGUGCAUCUGUUGGUUUUGUAUCCCUCCCGGGUAUCGUGGAGGGUCUUGGUGAGUGGGUCUCUCUUGUUGGCUCAAACCUAGUCCAUUUCAGGAGGAGAAUCUGGGUUUGGAUGGGUCUCCUGCCCCUCCCCCUGCUGUGGGCCUCUGCGCUGUACUGCUAGUACUUCUCAGUGUUGCCCAGAUUCUCCUCUGCACUUGGCAAGCUGCCCUUCUUUACCUGUGUAAACUCCAAAGCUCUCCUCUUUCUCUCUUUGCACAUAGUCUGUCCUGUCCUAGUCACUUAAAUCUUUAAUCACUUAAAUAUUUUUUAUUUUUAUUAUUUUGUUGUUCAAAACAAAUGGCCUUAUUCUUUUUUCACCACUUCCUCCUUUCCGUUUCUCCCUCCAGCUCCUUCCAUGUCUGGUCUAUUUUUUCCUUACUCUGGUGCUGCCACAGGGAGCUUCCAGUCUGCCAUCUUACCUGAAAGUCUUUCUCUACUUCCCCAGUCCCAUGGAGGGAUCUUCCGGUCUGCCAUCUUAUCUGAAAGUCUCCCGGACUUACUUUUAGAGCUGUUUGGUGGCUGUGCACUUGUGAGAGCUGCUCUGCUGAGAGCCAGGAUGAAACAGUUGCCUGCAGCGACAGUCCGCCUCCUGUCCAGUUCCCAGAUAAUCACAUCGGUGGUCAGUGUCGUGAAAGAGCUCAUUGAAAACUCCUUGGAUGCUGGAGCCACCAGCGUGGAAGUCAAACUGGAGAACUAUGGGUUUGACAAAAUCGAGGUUCGGGACAAUGGUGAGGGCAUCAAGGCUGUGGAUGUGCCUGUGAUGGCAGUGAAAUACUACACCUCAAAGAUAAGCAGUCAUGAAGACCUGGAAAACCUGACAACCUACGGUUUUCGGGGUGAAGCCUUGGGGUCAAUUUGUAAUGUUGCAGAGGUUGUAGUCACGACAAGGACAGCUGCUGAUGACUUUAGCACCCAGUAUGUUCUAGAUGGCAGCGGCCACAUACUUUCUCAGAAGCCUUCACAUCUUGGUCAAGGUACUACUGUAACUGCUCUAAAGUUGUUUAAGAAUCUCCCUGUAAGAAAGCAAUUUUACUCAACUGCUAAAAAGUGUAAAGAUGAGCUAAAAAAUGUACAGGAUCUCCUCAUAAGCUACGGUGUCCUUAAACCUGGCAUAAGGAUUGUUUUUGUACAUAAUAAGGCAGUUAUUUGGCAGAAAAGCAGAGUACCAGAUCACAGGAUGGCUCUCAUGUCGGUUCUGGGAACUGCCGUGAUGGGCAACAUGCAGUCUGUUCAGCACCACUGUGAAGAAUCCCAGAUUUACCUAAGUGGAUUCUUUCCAAAGCUUGAUGCAGACCACAGCUCCACAAGUCUUUCAACCCCAGAGAGAAGUUUCAUCUCUAUUAAUAGUCGACCAGUACAUCAGAAAGAUAUAUUAAAGCUAAUUCGACGUUAUUAUAAUCUGAAGUGCCUCAAGGAAUCUACUCGAUUGUAUCCCAUUUUCUUUCUGAAAAUUGAUGUUCCUUCAGCUGAGCUGGAUGUAAAUCUAACACCAGAUAAAAGUCAAGUAUUAUUACAGAAUAAGGAAUCUGUUUUAAUUGCUCUUGAAAAUCUGAUGAUGACCUGUUAUGGACCACUACCAAGUACAGAGUCUUGUGAAAAUAACAAAGUAGAUGUUUCCUCAGCCAACAUGGCCACUCGUGAAACAGCAGAAACAGAUGUGCUCUUAAAUAAAAUGGAAUCAUCAGGAAAUAAUUAUCCAAAUGCUGACACUUCAGCUGUUCACUUCCAAAAUGAUGAAUCUAGAAAAGACACUAAUCAUUAUUCAAAUCAACAGAUAAAUGUAAAUGACCACUGUGAUGGUCAUUUUAGUAAUGAGCACUCUGGCAUUAAUAAGGACGCUAGAAGUACAUUUCAAAAUAUUCCCAUGAAUAAUUUAUCAUCAGAGGAUGCCCAGAGUAAAUAUAGUAAGACUAACCUUGCAGGUUCCAAUGAGCAUAUCCAAGGAGAAAAUGGCAGGAAUGGGACAGAAGAACGUGGGGGAGACAGGGGAGAAGCAUUUCUUGAGAAAUCUCUGGAGAUCUGUUCAGAUGACUGGAGCAAGGGAAAUGUGUUUAAUGCGAUGGGAGAGAAUAUCGAACCUGUGAAAAUUUUAGUGCCACAGGAACGUUUAUCAUGUAAAGUUAGCAAUGAGAGUCACCCAGCCCUUGGCCCAAAGGAUCUCAGUGAUGGUCCUUGUAGCAAAACACCCAAUGUGAUAGAUAACAAAUCUGGACAGCUUACAGCCUAUGACUUAAUUAGCAACCGCGCAGUCAGGAAGCCCAUGUCAGCAAGUGCCCUGUUUAUUCAAGACCAUCGCACUCAGUUUCUCGCAGAAAAUCCCAAGACGGGUUUGGAGGCUGCAACGGCUCAAGCUGAGGCACUGUGGGAGACGCUGAGUGAAGAGGAAAAACUGAAAUAUGAAGAAAAGGCUAAAAAAGACUUGGAACGAUACAAUAAUCAAAUGAAGAAAGCUAUUGAACAGGAGCCACAAGUAUCAUUAAAAGAUGGCCGGAAAAAGAUAAAGGCCACCAGUGCAUGGGGCUUGACACAAAAGCACAAGUUAAAAACCUCAUUAUCUAAUCAGCCGAAACUUGAUGAGCUCUUUCAGUCCCAGAAUGAAAACAAGAAGAGUGGAAAUAUUAAAAUAACAGAGGUCCCCUUUUCUAUGGAAAACUUAAAAAUAAAUUUUAAGAAACAAAAGAAAGUUGACUUAGAAGAGAAGAAUGAGAUCUGCCUCAUCCACGGUCUCAAGUUCCCCAAUGCAUGGCUGGUCGCUUCCGGAACAGAUGUCAUGUUACUAAACCCAUACAGAGUGGAGGAAGCCUUGCUAUUUAAGAGACUUCUUGAGAAUCAUAAGCUGCCUGCAGAGCCACUGGAAAAUCCAAUUAUCUUAACAGAGAGUCUUUUUAAUGGGUCUCAUUAUUUAGAGGUGUUACGUAAGAUGUCAACAGCUGAGCAGAGAUGCAGUGGACCAACUUACCUGAGUGACCCUCGUCUUACAGCAAAUGGCUUCAGGAUCAGACUGAUACCAGGAGUUUCCAGCACUGAAAACUACUUGGAAAUUGAAGGCAUGGCUAAGUGUCUGCCCUUCUAUGGUGUGAUGGAUUUAAAGGAAAUUCUUAAUGCCAUCAUCGACAGAAAUGCGAAGGAGCUCUCUGAGUGCAGACCUCGGAAGGUGACGAGUUACCUGGAGGGAGAAGCAGUCCGUCUGUCAAGACAGCUACCCAUGUACUUACCAAGAGAGGACAUCCAAGACCUUAUCUAUACAAUGAAGCGCCAGUUUGGAGAUGAGAUUAAAGGAUGUGUUCAUGGCCGCCCAUUUUUUCACCAUUUAACCCAUCUUCCCGAAACUUCAUGAUUAAGCUUAUGACAAUUAGUUACUGUUGACAUUGGCUUUUAAACCAUUUUUGUAUUAUCAUGUAUCAAAAUAAUUGUUUUAUAAAUAAGGAUUUACUAGCUUAUUUGUAUAGUGUUUUGAAGUUGUAAUAUAUAUAAAUAAAUAAAAUUCAGUAUUGAUUUUGUUCUCAUA